UCCAAGUAUUUGAAAGUCUUGAAACAGUUUCAGAUAUGAACAGUAGGUGGCGCGUGGUGCACAUAUGAGGACUCGAGAGCAUGAACUUUGUUUUGAUUGAGAACAAAAGUAUCAGACAGACAAAGAGCAGCGGUAAGAGUUCACGAGAGAUGAAGAACAGAGGACGCAUAUCACGUGCAUAAGAGAUUUUACUCGAGAGUUGCUGCAGGUUUCUUCACUACAUCAUGAGACUGUGAGCUCGGUGUGAAAUCGAGUCAUGGCAGAAACCGACGUUGACAAAUCUCACCUGCCAGGUGUAUAUGACGCGUGCCAGUGUUUCUCUGUGUUAGAGGAUGGGGCUUUGGCUCACAGUCUACAGGAGCAGGAAAUCGAGCACUUCUACAGCACCAACAUCCAGAAGAACCAAGCGGUCCAGAACGAUGUUCGUCUGGCCCGGAGAUUACAGGAGGAGGAGGAGCAUCAAGCGGAUCUUCAUCCAGAUCUGAGAGAUCUGGAAGAAGAAGAUUGCAGAUACGCUCAGAUGAUUCAGGAAGAGCUUCAGAGACGUGCAGAGGAGGCCAGGAGACGAGAAGAAGAUGAGGAAAUAGCUAAACGACUACAGGAAGAAGAAGAAAUUGAGGUGAGACGGCAGAGGGCUGCGGCUGGUUACCAUGACAACAACUGCGUCUCUCCUCUGUGUGAAGGGUUGGGAGUUUGGGAGCAGGUGCUUCAGGAUGCUGAAUUGGCCCGUAGACUUCAGGAGGAAGAAGAUUUGCUGCCUCACAGAGAGUUUCCUCAAAGCUCUGGGUCGGAAGUGGACUUCAUAGCAGCACAAGUAGCUCAAGAUGAGGAGAUCGCCCACUAUAUGCAUCGACAUCGAAGGAGACUCAACAACAGAUCACAAAACCUCGAAAUCCAAGAGGGGCCUAGUAGUGAACCAAGUGAUGAAGCCAACACUACAACCAGAAAGGCUCUUCAGAUGUUGAGAGAGAGAUUAAACUCAGAUGGACUGCACUCGCCUGUGGAAGAAGAAGACGACUGUACUAUAGUAAACCAUCUACAAAGCCCAUCAUGCACUGCACUACGAACACAACACACGCACAACAUCGCUGAAGAGCUGGACCCAACGUUUAAGGCUAGAAAGCGUGAGAGUCAGAUUUCCACCAGCCCUUCAUCAGGUUUGUGUUUGGCUCCUCGUAACCCGCACAGCAUCUUUUACGAUUACUUGCCCGAGCCCAACUUUGUGCCGCCGACGAAACGUCAGAACGAUAAAACAGGACGACACAAAGCCAAAGACAAGAGAGAAAACUGCAAACAGCAGUGAAGGACCAGGCUUACUAAAGGUCCUCAACAAACUUCCAGUCAGCAGAUAUCUCCAGGCCAGACACUGCAAAAAAUGACUUUCUUACUUAGUAUUUUUGUCUUGUUUUCAGUACAAAUAUUUAAAAAAUAACGAACACUUAAAAUAUCUAGAUUUUUCGUCAUUCUAGCUUACUGCAAUUCUCGUUUUGUUUGUCAUUUCAGAUUAGACAGCAGACGAAUCCAGGCCAGGGGCCUCAUUUAUAAACGUUGCGUACGCACAAAAGAAGGCGUACGCCACUCUCUACGCAAUA